AUGUAUAUAUCUAUUAUCGAUAAAUUAUAUUCUUUAUUUUUAAUUUAUUGGUAUAUUCUUCCUAUUAUUUUUAUUCUCUUGUAUAUAAGUCGAUGGAUAAGGACAAAAAAUACUGUUCGACCAAUUCGUCGAGGUGUUGAUCGAAGUCAAACAUAUCCUCGUCAAUAUCCGUGUGGUUGGUAUCGUAUUUGUGAUUCUGAUGAAAUUGCUAAACGAGGUCAAAUUAAACAUGCUUUUAUACUGGGUCGAGAAAUGGUAAUUUUUCGAUCUGAUGACGAACAUAGUCAAAUAUAUGUCUUAGAUGCAUUUUGUGUUCAUAUGGGAGCAAAUUUAGGUUUUGGUGGGCGAGUUAUGCCAGGUACAAAUUGUAUUCAAUGUCCUUUUCAUUUAUGGGAGUUUAGUGGAGAAACUGGUCAUUGUACAAAAAUCCCGUACAUAGAUGGAAAAAUACCUGAAAAAGGUAAAAUACAAACAUAUCCAUGUGUUGAACGUCAUGGUAUGAUAAUGAUUUGGUAUCAUCCAUUAAAUGAACCUCCUCAUUAUGAUGCUAUUUGUAUUGAUGAAUUAUUAGGUGAUCGCUUUGAAUACCGUGGUGUUCAUCGUUAUCCAAAUAUUCAUAUGCAUUUACAAGAAUUUGCUGAAAAUGCAGCUGAUUUCCAACAUUUUCAACCAUUACAUGGUCAAAUGUGUAUACCAUGGACUCAAUUGCAAGUACCACGUAUAUUUAUUCAUCAUCAAGCAUCAUUAGAAUUUAGUAAUGAUAAACCAUAUAUAGUAUAUUUUUAUGAUACAGCAAUGUUAAAAUUAUUUGAAAAAAACUAUGAAUCAACUAAAAUUGAUGCAUCCAUAACAUUUUAUGGUCCCGGUGGAAUAACAUUAUUUCGUUUUGAUGGAAAAUUUGGAAGAAUUUAUUUAUUUCAUACUCAUACACCAACUGAUUAUACAGAAUUAGAUGUUGAAUUUCGAGCAUAUGUUGAAAAAAAAAUACCACGAUUAUUAAGUUGGUAUAUUAUUGGAAAUUGGAUUGCACAAUGGCAUCGAGAUAUUGUUGUGUGGGAAAAUAAAAUAUUUAAACGUGCUCCAUUUCUUGUUAAAAAGGAUGGACCGAUAUUAAAAAUGCGUCGUUGGUACAAUCAAUUUUAUCUUUCAAAAGAAGAACUAGAAAAUCAUGCUGAUUUAUUGGAUUGGUGA